CAGACCGUGACAUAUAUAUUGGGUAGUCGAAGAAGAACAAAAACCGUAACGCUGAUGCGUAAGAUGCGUAAGAUGCAUUGAUCUAUAAACAGACUUUUAUUAUAAUUUUGUGGCCAGAUGUAGGAUAGCCAUACGGUCUAUGAGGAUAACACGUUAGCUCAAGCGCCGAAACAUCAAUAUGUCUAUCGUUUUCGUGCCAAAAAGGCUACGAGGGAAAGCGAAAAUUAACCAAGAAACAAUACAGCAACUUCUAGAUGAAAACGACCAGUUAGUGAGAUGUAUCACAGAAUAUAUGCAGAAGGGAAGAGCUGCAGAGUGUGUCCAGUAUCAACAGAUAUUGCACAGAAACAUAGUGUAUUUGGGAACAAUAGCUGAUGCAAGUCCUGACACAGAACCAUCGGAUUCGUCUUCAAAGGCCACAUCUGGUGAAGGUUCUUCUGCUACAUCAACGGCAAAUGGUCACCUAGAUGGAUCAUAAAUGAGUAGUUUUAUUGUAAUGCCAUUAUCAAAGUAUCAAUUGUAGGAUUGGUUCAGGACCUCUUUGCUUUUUACAAUAGGAACCACAUGACACUUUGUACUGCUAAUAAAUUUUAUUUAUUUUUUUGCA